AUGGGUAACUCUCAGUCCAGCGCCAGCUCUUGGAACCGGUGGGAAUCUUCCCAGAAGGAUGAGUGGCGAACCCUCGUCGACAGGGAAAUCACAGAGACCCAGUGGGUUUCCGGCGACGACUACCUCAUCAUGAUCAAGCGCGAGGAGUUCCUUUGCGAGAAGGAAAAGUUAAUGAAGCGGUUCAAGGACGAGUGGAUCGGCUGGACUGGUGGUCCAAAGAGUGACUACUUUUGGGGCGACCAAGUUUUCCAAGGUCGUCGGCGCCAUCAGUGGGGCAGCAACUUUUACGCUGACGGCCACGAUCAAGGUCGCACCCAUUACCGCUAUUGA